AUGGCUGACUCUCAAGAGCCUUCCUUCAGGCGCCCGGCUACUGCUUCCAACGCUUCCCAUCUACGCUACCCUACUCUACCACCCCUGAGCGGUUCUGUCGAAGAGUGGCUUUCUCGCUCGCGGCCGAUCGCCAUGACGUCAACCCCUCCGCCAGAACAGCCUUCUAAAUCGCUGAGCGAGAGUUGGGCAACUCUGAGUGCGUCCGAUAUCCACUCGGAGGACGGUGCUCGGUCUGAACUCACCGAUGCUGGAUCCUUGAUCGAUCAGCCCGGUCCCGACGACGUAGCCAGCCUCGAUGAACGGUACAGCUGCAGCGAGACCGACGGAAACGACGAAGAACCAUUCGACGGCGACGGCUAUGACUCCAACAGUAACGUCUCCGACUCGCAGGAACUGCCCUCCCUCUUUUCCCAGCUUCGGGGCUCUAUCGACGAUAGCAAUAUCACGGCGAAGACCGCCUUUCGUCCACCAGUCGAGUCCAUUGAAUUCACUGAGCCCGAAGAAUGGCCUGCCGCCGAACGGGUGGAACUGAAACAAAGGAUCCGCACUUUGGAGGACUUUGAAGCUGCAGAGCUGCAGCGACAGCUCCCCUUCAGUUUUGAAGACUCAACUCUGAUGGCCACCGCCCAGCAGACGAUGACCAAGAGAAGCCUCGAUACCGACAAACCAUUCCGUGUGCUGUAUGUCGGUAGUCCCGACUUUCGAAACAUCAUUCUGGACAAAAUCGGUGACGUUCUCGUAUCGAGUACUUGCAGCGGCUUUGAGAGCAGCUCCACAGAGUCUUCUAGAUACCAUGUUGUGCCGACGUCCUAUGGCGUAGGAGCCGUCCCCAAUUUUGCGGAGCUGCUUCCGAUUCACGUCCAGCUUAUCGUUGAUGAGUGUCUCGAGGCUUCUUCGGACAGCCAUGAAAGUUUCGGUGCAAUCGUCUUGAACUUUAAGAACAGGCCGGCCAGCACGUCCACAUGGACGGGGAGGGAGUAUUCCAUCUCGUCCCGCUCCGAAUGGACACUACCCGAUGUAGCCAUUAUCUUCGUGUCCAACGCAGACACCCCCGCGACUACGGAGGCACAGAGAUUGGCUCGCAUCGCCAUGGAAAGACAUGACAUCCCAACUAUGAUCAUUUCGGAGCGGCCACUCUGGAAAAUGACCAAAGAGCCGAUUCCACUGAACCACAAUAGUCUUCACAUGUGCCUGGAAUCCCGCCACAAGCCAACCGGAAAGAUGGCCGUGGUGAGACGGUACCCGAUUGAUCUGAAGACUUUUGAAAGCGUUACUCCUAGUCAACUGAACCGCAACCUGGCCUCCCUAGCGAGCAACAACCCUAAGCAAAUCUGCAAAAUCACAGCAAGGGAACCUCAACCGGCUCAGAGCACGUUGUUUCUCGAGUCCAAAAAGUACGCAAUGCGCUUUUCUCCUCUUGCCUACUUGGGCGACAAGUAUGGGUCGGCGCUGCCAUUGUGUCUACUGGGUUUGACUUUCUUGUCUGCCAUGAUUAUCGGCUUCUCUCCCUCCGCUAUAUCCAACAACCUUGAAAGAUCUGGCUUGAGCACAGUUCCCCCCACUAGCGUUAUGCCGGUAGAUGAUCAGAGACGAACAUCGCUCUCGGUCUCGGUCAUGUCUUCGACCUUUGGAAUGGCUCAGAUUUCAGGAUCCCAGUCGCAUGGACCAGGACGACUAGAAGACCUGCUUGGAGAGAUGGGGCUCUCUUCGGAGCAGCGGGAGAGAUCCGAUGGCUUUGAAAUCCAGGUAGUUGGCGACUGCCACUUGGUAAUCAAGCCCCCGCGGAAGACCCCCACCAGCAAAAAGCAGCCUAAGUUCGGGGUGCAGGUCAGUCGGCGGGAAAAGAUCCUGACUUACGAACUUUCCAAGUUAUUCGAAGAUGUAUACAGCCUCAAGUUGGAUCGGGGCGACGCAUACGGGAUAGUGAACGUCACCAUAACCACUCAAUCCAAAGCCCCUGUUAACGAGACGAUAACGGUAGAUCUGGGCACGCCAUGGCUGAAGAUUGCGAACUGGAAACGAGCCGCCCAGGUCAUCACUUCGCAGCUGAUGAGGGACUUUAGCACCGCGCAUAACGGAUUUUCCGAGGCAUAUGGCCGGCUCUUCACUGACUUGCAGGUACUGAUGGGGGACGUGGUGAAAAGAGCCCAUGUCUUGCGUCGAGAAGCUGAUGAGUUGCGGCGUGACUCGUUGGGGCUUUCAAUUGAAACUCGUGAUGUGGUUCUGGGCCGGUCCAAGCAGUUGUCCGAGGCCAUCAAACGCAACGCCGUUCAGCCCUUCCUGGCCGCAUCGUCGGUAUUGCAAGACCAUACCAACAAGGUCAACCGAGAAGCUAAAGAGAUCAUGAGCGACACGUGGAAGAGGAUCAGUACGCGCGCCCAUGGCCUUGACACGGUGGCAUGGAAGGAUCAUGUGCGAAAUGCGAGGAAGUGCCAGGCUUUGGACAGAGCACAGAAGAAAGCAAAGGGUCUAAUGCACUGGACCCAUUUGCCAGCCCGCUGA